GUUCUGGUGAGCUCUGUAUCCAUUAACCAUGUCCUUUGACAGAGAAUCAGACGAGAAGAUCAACUUCGAAACCUCUAAGGAGGUCACCGCUGCUCCUACCUUCGAGGCCAUGGGCCUGAAGGAGGACCUUCUGCGCGGUGUCUAUGCUUACGGUUUCGAGUCGCCUUCCGCGGUUCAGUCCCGCGCAAUUGUCCAGAUCAUGAAGGGACGCGACAUCAUCGCCCAAGCACAGUCCGGCACCGGUAAAACCGCGACAUUCUCCAUUUCGGCAUUGCAAGUCGUCGACACAUCUAUGAGAGAGACACAAGCCCUCAUUCUUUCACCUACACGAGAACUCGCCACACAGACGCAGAGCGUGGUCUUGGCGCUCGGAGAUUACCUGAAUAUCUCGUGUCAUGCGGUUAUCGGUGGUACCAGUGUUGGUGAGGAUAUCAGGAAGCUGGAUGCGGGGCAACAGAUUGUGUCUGGUACGCCUGGACGUGUGGCGGAUAUGAUUCGCCGACGCAACCUGCGGACAAGAAAUAUCAAGAUGUUGAUUCUGGAUGAGGCGGAUGAGUUGUUGAACAGGGGAUUCAAGGACCAGAUCUACGACGUUUACAGAUAUCUGCCACCAGCAACGCAGGUGGUUGUUGUCAGUGCGACGUUACCGUAUGAUGUGUUGGAUAUGACGACCAAGUUCAUGACGGAUCCUGUGAGGAUCUUGGUGAAGCGUGAUGAGUUGACGUUGGAGGGGUUGAAGCAAUACUUCAUUGCUGUCGAGAAGGAGGAGUGGAAGUUUGAUACGUUGUGUGAUUUGUACGAUACCCUCACGAUUACCCAAGCCGUCAUCUUCUGCAAUACCCGUCGCAAGGUCGACUGGCUUACCGAAAAGAUGAGAGAAGCAAAUUUCACCGUCGCCUCCAUGCACGGUGAAAUGCCACAAAAGGAACGCGACGCAAUCAUGCAAGAAUUCAGACAAGGAAACUCGCGAGUACUCAUCUGUACCGAUAUCUGGGCACGUGGUAUCGACGUACAGCAGGUCUCGUUGGUCAUCAACUACGAUCUUCCCCCGAAUCGUGAAAAUUACAUUCACAGAAUCGGACGAAGUGGACGUUUUGGACGUAAGGGAGUGGCUAUUAACUUUGUUACUUCGGAGGAUGUGCGUAUUUUGCGCGAUAUUGAGCAGUAUUACUCUACGCAGAUUGAUGAGAUGCCUUUGAAUGUCAGUGAUCUUGUCUAAGGGAGAUAAGAAGGGGAGAGGUUG